GGCUCUGUAGCCUGCUGUAGAGCGCUAACCAAACGUUAGCAAUGCGGACGGGGAAACGGGAAAUAAUACGCUUUAAAAAAAAAUAAUACAUUUUAUAACCCGAUGUGUUGGGGGCUUCUGUAGGGCUUUAAGACCGCGCGCGCCUUCAUUUUAUGACUUUUUUUUGGGUCUGGAAUCAGGAGAGAAACGGGAUAUAUCCUGAGCUGGGGCCCAUAGUGUCAGGAUAGUUCCUGAGAAAACGCUUACCCACAUCCGUGUGCCUCAGCCCCAGUGUUAUGAAAUAGGAGAAAUAAAAUAAUGAAUGCUUGAUUUGAAGCUUAUUUCGCCACCAACUAUUUUUCUAGGUCUCUAUCCCCCUCCCAUUAUCGCGGACUUGCUAUGGUGGACUCCAACGCGACGAGGAAGACUUUUGUAGUCCCGGACAUAAAACCUUUGGAUCUGUAUGAUUGUACCAGGGCAAAAAUAUGCGCAAGUGUGGGAUGGCUCUUGGCUAAAUCUUACGGCAAUGCAGAGCAUGUUCCAGUGGAGUUGCGGGAGCUCUUCUACUGUGACCAGUAUGAGCAGGAGCACCUGAAGCCCCCCGUCACACGCCUCCUGCUCUCCUCUGAACUCUACUGCCGCACCUACGGUCUGCUGCAGGGGGACCAGGGGGGACCAGGGGCCCCAAAAGACAACGCCACCCUGCUGCAGCUCCUCGCCAACAGGGGCGUGGCCCCCAAAGAUCAAGACGUCCCCGUGUCUGACGUGGACCUCCGGCAUAAACCAAUCAAAAUGAGUGCCCACCUGGCGGUGAUGGAUGCCCUGAUGUCGUUGGGCGCCAUGGAGAUGGUGAGCGCAGUGAGGAUGUCUGGUGCGGCGGCAGGGGAGGAGCUUCUGGGUGGAGUGGGAGGAGCCAGCUGGGAGAACACCCUUCUCCACUGGGUGAACGGGUUGAAUCAGAGGCUGAGAGAGAAAACAGAGGGUGCGCAGGGUGACCCAUCUCAGGACAGCACAGAGCCACAGCCUGUUCAGCCUUCGAUCCGCUACAGAACGGAUAAGACGCUGUCUAAACAGAAGCCUACGUUUCCGGUGGUGACUGAAGUCAAAGACCUCUCCAACGGUUGUGCCAUCGCUGCUAUUAUACACUACUACUGCCCCAGCCUGUUGCGACUAGAGGAUGUGUGUAUGAAGGAGUCCAUGGCGGUGGCAGACAGCCUGUACAACCUGCAGCUGAUCCGAGAGUUCUGUGACAGCUGUCUGAAGAGCUGCUGCCCCCUGGUGUUGGAGGACCUGCUCUACACCCCACAGGAGCUCCAGGUCAACAUGAUGAGUUUCCUAGCAGAGCUGCUGGGUUGGUUUGAGGUACGGAGGCCAGAGUUUGUUCAGCCUCUGAACACCACUGAUGCUUCUGCACUGCUCAAGCCAACCAGUUUGAGCAAUAAUAGCGGCUCGCCUUCCAUCUUCAAGAAGCCAUUCCUGCCCAUCUCCUCACCAGUGUCGCCAGGGCCUGCGCCAUCCCAUCAUUUAGGAUAUCUGACUCAGUCUGCCUCCAUGUCUCAUGUAGAGGGAGCUGGGAGAACAUGGACCAAGAAGCCUUUCAGUCGUACCCUGUCCUCAGCCGUGUCAUUUAGCAUUCCCUUCGGCCUGGACAGCGACGUGGACGUCGUGAUGGGCGGAGCCAUCACCCGCUCGGUCAGCUCUGACAACGUGGCCCCCAGCCAGACUGUGACCUGCGUGCCCUACACCCCCCCAGAGGACCUUAGCCACCUGCUCAGCAAGCCCCCUGGCUCCCACAGAGGCUCCUGGGCCACCCAGAGCUCCUCUGUGGUGCCCAUGCUGCUGAAGGAGAACGGCCUGGGAGAGGGGGACGGGGACGGGGAGCUGCCCACCAUCGAGGAGGCCCUGCAGAUCAUCCACAACGAGGGCAAGAUGGAGCCCCGGCUCCACCCCGAUGGGGCAGCCGACGGAUUCUUCCUGCACUCGCCCGAUGACCCGGCCAGCGCCAGACACAACGGCCGCGCCACUCACCCCUCCCACCCGCCUAACCCCAUACCCCUCAGCUGUUCCGCCCCAUCCCGCUCUGGGAUGAUGUACCACCCCCACCUCCCCAUGGGGGGCAAGACGCAGCCACCCAGGGAGCAGCCCUCCUUCUCCCGUACCCGACACACCUCGGAGGGCUCGCGGGACGACGACUCGGUGCUGAGGGACGGGAGCAUGGACUCUGACGCCUCUGAGGACCUCCUUCUCCUUCCUAAUGGCCAGUCCACGCCUGCUGUCCACACCAGAGGCCGUGGAGGGGACGACGACGCGCUGGACAGUGGCGUGGGGAUGACCAGCUUUGCUGAGCUCAAGAAGAAACCGUCGACAGUGGGCGAAUCACCUAAAAGUGGCGGCGCCAGCAGCAGCGAACCCGUCGCCUCGGCAGCAACGGCUCCGAUGACCAGCUGGGUGGACCAGCCCCAGAAGUCGAAAGAGGAGAGCCCCAAUAAGCGCCCUGGACUGACAACCGAGAUGUCCGAGCUGGGAGCCCGGCUGGAGGAGAAGAGGAAGGCCAUCGAGGCCCAGAAGAAACGUAUUGAGGCCAUCUUUGCCAAGCACCGUCAGAGACUGGGCAAGAGCGCCUUCCUGCAGUUGAAGAAGGAGCAGGGAGAGGGGGAGAGAGAGGAGGAGGGCGGCCAAAUCAGCACCUCCGCCACAGAGGAGGACCUCAGGGGGCUGACGCUAGAGGAAAGGUUGUCUCGCGUGGAGGACGAGGAGCAGCAGGAGGCGCAGCAGCAAGAGAACCGGCGCCCCUCAGUGGAGCAGGAGGGGAACGUCAAACCUUCAUCACACCUGGACAACAAGCAAGCCUCCUUACCCAGAAGGGAGAAGGGUGCAGGGGCGGCAGGGCCAGGAGGAGAACAGGUUGGGGUGGUAGGGCAUCAGCCAGCGCCCUUGGGGGAUUACAACAACGCCGUAUCAAAGCUGAACGCGGCACUAAGCUCCCUGCAGAGCGACAUGCAGCGCCUCUCCGAACAACAGAACCAACUCAUCAGGAAGAAGCCCGUCGCUCCCUCCAGCAACAAGUCCUGGGCGAUUUUGCCCAGUCUCAAAUCCUCGGCCCCUCCCUCGACCCGCAUGUCCCGCGCGUCCACCCUCCGUGACCUUUCCUCUGUCUCCUCUUCCCCCUCGUCACCCCGCCGCAACGCCACCAGUCCCACCAGAACAUCCAAGUCGCCCCAGGUCCAGCGCCGGGCCCAGUCGGUGCCUCCCAAGAGCCCCAAGCACCAGGCCACCCACUACCACCACGCCCGCCCCCAGGACCUCAAAGUGCCGGGCCUGUCGCGCGUGCUCACCCCCCCUCAGAAUGUUGACACUAUCCCCCACCUGCGCCGCGCCUCCCCCUGGCAGUGCCGGGACCAGAACUCUUCCACCUUCAACAUCAGCUCUGCCCCCAGCCCUUCCUCCGCCCCAACCCCCACCCCCCGGGCCCUGUCGCUGGCCCUGGAUGACAACAUGUCGGACGCCGGCUCAAACGAGGACCAGAGCAUCUUCAGCAUCAACCUGGAUACCACCACAUCUCAGGCCUCGGGGAGAAAGGAGCGUGUGGGUUGUGGGAGCUCUGGGGCGCCCUCAGAGUGCUCGUUUGAGAGUGAUGUUCCGGCGGCGGGGGUGUUUAAUGGCAAGCGCAGCAGCCUGAUCGAGAUUUCUCUAUCGGCCUUGCGCGGGGACGAGGAUGACCUGAGUGUCAUGGACGACUCCAUGAGCGAUGUGACCGAACCCGAGAUGAAGGGAGGGGUCGGCUUCUUCUUUAAGGAUGGCAAGGUGCGGCCGGAGGACGAAAUGGCCCAGAGGAAAGCAGCCCUGAUGGAGAAACAGCAGAAAAGGGCGGAGGAGAUGAAGAGACGCAGACUGGAUCAGGAGGAGAAGAGCCAGAAAGAGCAUGCGAUCCGACCUGAGUGGUUUAACAUCGAGGGCUGGGGAGACAAGAGUGGAGGUGAGGACCAGCCCCGGACCCCCGGUACCCCCUCUUCGGAUAGCACGACCCAGCGGAGAGACACCUUCACCAGGCAGGAGUACGAGCGGAGGCAGCAGCUGAAGAUCAUGGAGGAUCUGGACAAGGUGUUGCGGCAGAAGCCCACCACGGUGCGUGGCGUGAAGAAGCAGAGACCCAGGACCAUGUUCCGGGAUGACUCUGUACUUUCCCGCAGCCCCACCAAGGGAUUAAUGGGCUCCAAACUCAACAAGGUCUAUUCCCACUCUACCAUGAACCUGUCCUCAAUGGCUAACGACACUGGCAACAGCGGGACACUGGCCGUCAGGAAAUCUCCCAGCCGAUCUCACUCCCCCUCAAGGCUGAUGUCACCAGGACGAAUGGCCAUUCAGAACGGAGAGAAGGACUGGGAGAACGCCUCCACGGCCUCGUCUCCCCCCUCCAUUCCAGAAUACACCGGGCCCAAGCUGUACAAGGAGCCCAGCUUCAAGUCCAACAAGUUCAUCAUCCACAACGCCAUCUCCCGCUGCUGCCUUGCCGGCAAGGUUAACGAACAGCAGAAAAACAAGAUUGUAGAGGAGAUGGAGAAGUGCCAGGCCAACCACUUCCUCAUCCUCUUCCGUGACUCCAGCUGUCAGUUCCGGGCCAUCUACACCAUGAACCCAGAGAUCGAGGAGAUGGUGCGCCUAACGGGCAUCGGGCCUCGUGUCAUCAGCCCUGCCAUGGUGGAGUCCAUAUACAAGUAUAGUUCGGACCGCAAACAGUUCACCACCAUCCCAUCCAAGACCAUGUCCAUGAGCGUCGAUGCCUUCACCAUCCCCGGGCACCUGUGGCAGAGCAAGCGCCCGGGGACCCCCAAGAAGCUGGGGACCCCCAACUAAUAAUGAGAACAUCUCAAUGAUGGAGGUGGUGAUGGGCGUGAGAGGAAUGAGGUGGACGUAUCUAAAUCAGGGGCCCCUCUUCCCCCAGUCAACCCCCUCCUUUCUCUUAUAUUGGUUUGGUCUGUUGAUUUGGAGACUGAUUUGGAGACUGCUUUAGCUCAGUAGGCUGGUCAGUUAGACCGCCGGAGGGAUCUGAAAGGAAUAAAUGACACUGGUGCCUAUACAAACCGCCUGUCCAACCGGAUGGUCUCUGCUCCUUUAAGACCAACCUGGGUCGUAUUCACUGGGAAGCAAACGGACCAAAACAGGGAGGGACUACCUGAAUGUGUCCAAUAAGAAACACUUGUUUUUCGUUGCGAAAUGUUUUGCUACGGUGUGCACUAAUGAAUAUGACCCUUAUCAGCUCUGUGUAUGGGAGAUAUUGGUACAUGUCAUGUGACAAGGGGGCAAGCUAAUCACUAAUACUAAAGCCAUUCAUAGGGCUCUAUCUGUCACACACUACACCCAGUAGGGGCCUCUGAUUGCCCCCCAGCCUGAUCUACCUAGAUUGUAAAAUAAUAAUAAUAAUGUUGUGAUAGGACUGGAAUGAACAAGGCUUCUUCCCACCGUACUGGGCCUAUCUCCCCCAGGGCCUGGCUCCCCCAGCCUCUUACUGCAUUCCCUUCUCCCCCCUGACCCUGCCUGCCUUCCCACUUCCUCCCCUUGACUAACCCCGUCCACAGUCAUCCAUUGUAACCUUAAACACUCAGUGGUGAGCGUGAGAGGGAACAUCUCACACACUGCCGCAGCUCUGAACAGAACAUGGGGGGGGGGACCUGCAGUCUCCCACUAUUUCUCUCUCUCUUCUCUUUCUUUCAUCUGACCUUUCUUCUUUAAUUCCAGGACUCUUUCUCCUCCCGUCUGCUGCUUCUCCGUGCAGAUGGGACAGAAGAACCCAAGCUGAAAGAAAUCCGACUUAGCAAACUGCUCUCUCAUUAAAGUAGGGUGCACCCGAACCACUCUGCUCCCCCAGUUUUCAUUCGCCAGUCAAGGACUGGGAGGUACUGUAUUGGGCGGGUCCACCGAGGGCUCUAGCACUUUUGACUGGCUGCCAUGCCUGUCAGUCAGAGCGGUAUUAAGGGCUCCGCCCAUCUCCAACUCCAGCUGUAGACAUCUGGAUGUUUUUUUACACCACUACUUUUGACAUGUGCUGAGUGAAUCGCUUCAGCCUUCGUGAGCAGAAAUGAGAACUCUUUUUUUUUUUUUUUACUUGCUUUAUUUCCUAUUUCAGUACGAGAGGAGGAAUGAAAAUAGCGUUAUACCGUUGUACAUGAUUAUCUUGAUUAAUAAUAUUGGAAAAAAUGAAGGACUUUAUACUCUGUUUAGCAUUACCCCGGAUUCACAUUUUGUGGAGAGAAAAAAAGAAACGAAAAUGAAUGACAAUUGAAUAUAUAUGAAUGCUGUUUAUUGCUUAUUACUUUCAUUUUUGACAAAGAUUUGUACAAACAAGUUGCUGCUGCUGCUUUACCAUUAGCGAGGUGUGUGUGUGUGUUUGAGAGAAGAGCGUGCAAGUGAGUGAAAGAAUGAGCGAACAAGUAGAAAAACUGUUUAACGGAGACUUAGAGGACUAUCCACAAUCUGAGAAAUAAACCGAGAAGGACAAAAAUGAACAAGACGUGUCAUUUGAGAUCACACAGUAUAUGUUACCUGUGAAUGAAGGAUAAUCAGGACUGUAUCAGCCCUAAUUUUGUCCCUCUGCAUAUAUACUAUAUGCAGUUUUGGGUAAGCCUAGACCCCAUAGGGGACACAAACGGUGUUUCUGGUGUAACCUGUAGGCUCUAGUGGGUUCUGAUCUCCUCUUGGCUUCAUUUAGCACUACAUCAGCUGAUGUAGGUCAGCUGUCAUCUCUCCUGUCUUGUUAUACAUCACAAACUGCCUCCAACAACAAAAUGUUCCUGUUGUUUUGACUGAAUUUCAAAUGGAGAUCUGAGAUUUUCUUUUGUCUCUCUAAAUCAGCAUGUAUGAAACGAAAGCGUGACAAUGGGUUUGUAUGUUCGGUGUAUGUUGCAAGGAUUGUGUGACUGUUGGUGUAAUGUGUAUAUCUCCUUGUAAAGGAGAGUACGUAUGUGAUAGUCGAACUAUAACUGGAUUCUGUGCAAUUCUCCUGUAGACAGACAGUCAUGUAACCCCAAGCUGUGUUUAUUGGGUAAGGAUUGUUUUAGUUUCAAGGUUAUAUUAUUUUUUUCCAUUAAAGUCGUGAUUCACGUUCAUUUCAUAGAAGUCUACAGGACAUGUUGUCUUUAUUAUUUUGCUCUGUUACCACCGUGUCAAUGUGUGCAGAGUAUUUGUGUUCCUCUCAAAUUGUUCUUGAUUACAGAUCUAUCCCAGGUAACUGGACCAGGCUAAUAAAAUCCUUUAAAAAAUCA